AUGACUAUUGAAGAUCCUAUUGUUCCAACCUUUGAGAGUCUUUCAUUCUCAUCAAACCCCCAACUUCUUGAAUCCAGAAUCAAGAAGUUGAUUGAAAAAUUUACCAUCAACUUUAAAGAUGAACCAGAAUUCAUCAGUAGAUCUCCAGGAAGAGUCAACUUGAUUGGAGAUCACAUUGAUUAUAACUUCUUCCCAGUGUUGCCCAUGGCUAUUGAUGUUGAUGUAAUUGGAGUUGGUAAAUCUUACCCCGACUCACUUGAAGUCCAGUUAAUAAACACUGAUGAGGCCUUCACACCUCAAACAUUCGUAUUACCUGCAGAUGGGAGUGUUAUUGAAAUAGACUCCGAGAAUGAGAGUUUCUCAUGGGCCAGUUACUUUAAAUGUGGAUUGAUUGUUGCUCAUAAGUACAUUUUAGAAAACCAUGCACACUUACUAGAUAGUGGUAAGAAACCAUUGAAUGGAUUGAAAGUUGCUUUUGAUGGAACUGUUCCUACUGGAGGAGGUUUAAGUUCAUCGGCUGCCUUCUGUGUUGCUUCCACCUUAGCUAUCUUGAAAGCCAAUAAUGUCCCUCAAAUCUCUAAAAAAGACUUAACUAGAAUAACAGUCGUUUGUGAGCAUUAUGUUGGUGUUAACACUGGUGGUAUGGAUCAAUGUGCAUCCAUUUAUGGUGAAGCUUCCAAAGCUUUAUUAGUCAAAUUUAAACCUAAUUUGAUUGGUGUGCCUUUCAAGUUCCCUUCCAUUUCUGAUAGUGAAGAAUUAGCAUUUUUGAUCACAAAUAGUUUGCAGAAGAGUAAUAAACACGAGACUGCACCAAUUCAUUAUAACUUACGUGUGGUUGAAAUGGGAAUUGGUGCUGAUUUAUUGGCUCAUAAAUUUGGACUCACAUUACCAAAGGAUUCCAAUAUUAAAUCAGGUAGUUUAAGAGGAUUUUUGGAUUCAUACUAUACAGAUGUCUUACACGAGAAACCAUGGGACGGUAAUGAUGUCGAUGUUGGUGUUGCUAGAUUAGAACAAGUAUUGAAAUUAAUUGAAAAGCCAGAGAUUUUUACUGCUGAAGAAAAGGUGGGAUUCAGUGUUGAUCAUGCUAGUCAAGUUUUAGGAAUUACAUCUCAACAAUUUACAGAAACAUACUUGACAAAGGUUCCAGUUAGAUUUGAAGUUUUGAAAUUAUACCAACGUGUUAAGCACGUGUAUGCUGAAAGUUUAAAAGUUUUACAAUCUUUAAGAGAAUUAGAAAAGGCCAACGCUAAUAAUGAAGGUGAGAAAUUCUUAACUGCGUUUGGAAAAAUCAUGAAUGAAUCACAAACAUCUUUGGAUGAACUUAACAAUUCGUCUAACGAAAAAUUAAAUGAGAUUUGUGCCAUUGCAUUAGCGAAUGGAUCCUAUGGUUCAAGAAUUACAGGUGCAGGCUGGGGUGGGUCAAUUGUUCACUUGACUACCACUAAGAAGUUACCAGGAUUAAUUGAGGCAUUGACUGAGAAAUACUAUAAAGCAGAAUUUCCAGGUAUUACCGAAGAGGAAUUAAAGGAAGCUAUAGUGGAUAGUAAACCAGCUACUGGAAGUUGCUAUAUUAAAAUCGAUGGCAAAUGGUUAUGA